UCUCCAUUAGUUGUUGCUUUGCCGAACGUAGGGCAAGACUUGUUUUUAUGAUCUUGAUUUCUUUGCCUAAUUCAGGUAAUAUUUUCCAAUCAGCCAUGAUUAAGAAUGUUGUUGUAGGAUAUUUAGCCUUGUUCGUGUUCCUUGGCCUCGCUAAUGGACAGCAAGUCAUUACUGUCACCAACGGCGAGACUGACGGACGUUGGGGACCAUUGGAAACUUGUCCAUCAGGUUCCAGAGCCGUUAGCUACCAAACUCAGAAUGAACUUGAUGCUCCCGUCGUUGAUGAUUCCGCUGUGAACACUAUCGCUAUCUUUUGCGACGAUCCAUUGCAAACCAACUUGACUUCCACUCCCGGACAUACAGGAAAUUGGCAAAAUGUUCAGACCUGCCCGUUCGGUGCUUACAUGAAGAGCUUCCAAUUGCGAGUCAGUCCAGCGGGCAACACGACAGAUAACACGGCCGUCAACGACAUUCGUUUCAUGUGCUCCAAUGAUCGUGACAUCAAUGGAAUCGGCAACAGAGAAGGAUAUUGGGGCGAAUACAGCGCCGAAUGUCUAGAUGGCAUUUGUGGAAUUGAAACUCGUGUUCGUCCCGAUGGUGGACUUCUGGUUGACAACACCGCCCUUAAUGAUGUCCGUUUCACUUGCUGCACUGCGGUCGACCUCAAGAAAUUUUAAGUUUACGUAUCGUUGUCAUCUUUAUAAAACGCUCUAGGAAUGUGAAUUAAUACUGGCCAAUUUCGAUACGUCUGUAGUACAGAACGAGGUUGUAAUGUC